AUGUCUUCAAAACGCGGUCGCAAGCGAAAUGACAAUCUCCCGCCCAAUCGUGCCAGAGAUGUCCAACGGGCCUUUCGAGAACGACGAGCAGCACAUUUACAGGCGAUGGAACAAAGAGUGGCUGAGCUCGAGGUCGAGAACGACUGCCUGCGACGGGCACUGAAUUUACCACCAGCAAGUCGGUCACCACUAGGCAGAGGGCCAACCGGAAAGGAUAUGCCCAAGGCUUAUGUACCCGAUGCAUCGUCAGGCGAUACCGGCACCGCCUUACCCCACCCCAGCCGGGAUUCCUCGUCGAGUUCGCGGGGCUCGACUCGCGCGAGCUCGCUGUCUCCCGGCACCCUUACCCUGCCACGUUCAGUUUCCGACAUCGAUGGUGGGCCAUGGGAUACAUCGAUGGUCAUGGAGGAACAGCACUCGGACGUCCCCAGCUCUUCUGCCUCGUCGACGUACCCCCUUCCUUCCUUGAAUUCCCAGUCGACAUCCCGCAGUACCAUGCCUGGCAACGCAUAUAUUCCCACCCAAAGUGGCUUUUCGCAGUCCGCAGACCGGAUGUCUUCGUCCUACUCCAACAAUUCAGGCUUUGUUAUGCGUGAUGAAUCCGAUAUCAAGAUUCGUGAUCCACGCUCCUGA